AUGCCACUGUAUGCGUAUGGCACCGAGAACGUCAACAACACGCCCCCAAAAGCAGUGGUAAACAUGCCGUCUGGGUCUACUACUCCUCUCGAAGCCGAGGAAAUGGACUCAACGGCUAGUAGUUGUGAUUCCUCUGUGCCCUCGGCCACACGGCCGGUCGUCGCUGCUCGCACACUGAGCUACUAUCCCACGUCACUCGACCAGCCUACUCGUGCGAUCUGUCUCGACAACUUCGUAUCAGCUGUCUCGCCAGCAGCCGUCCACGCCCGAGUAAACACUGAGACGGCUGCAGCUCACGGUCCGAGAAAUAAGAAUAUCUUGAUUACGCUCUCGCUAUCACCUGCACCACUUCGGCGCGGAGAUUCGACAGCCGCAGCCGACUCAACGACGACCAGAACACUUACUGUCCACCCUCGGGCUACUCCAGGACGCCGAGAAUGGGCUCGCGAGUGUGCCAUUGCUAUGUUAGGAGGACGUAUUGCUCCCGAUGAUCUAGACGAAGAGGAGCAGCGACAGAUAUCUGGGUGGUGGAGAUUUGUUACUAAACUAUUCGCGGGUCUCUUGAGGCGAUGA